GCCAGUGAAUCGUUAAAGCCGUGGAUAUUUGUCCGACAUAUCAGUUCUGUUUUGGAUUAAGUUAUAUCUUUUUAAUAAUGGAAAUUAAAACGGAUGCCCUUAUUCUAACAGUGCUGUUCCUGUCGGCAGUGCCCUUACGAACUGUUGUUUUGGUGCAACUAGCCGCUCCUAUGACAGACAAUAUUCUCGUGGUUACUGAAUUGACACAUAAUACGAUAUAUCAGGUUUCCCUAGUUAACGAUAAAGAAGUCAGAGCUAUUGACACGGACAAUUUCGGGAGCCCAAUCGCUAUUGCGUAUAAUUAUAUUACAAGGGAGCUGAUGUGGAGUACCAAGGAACUGAUUCAUCAAUUAAGUCUGGAAAAUCAUAAUUAUAAGGUUUUCUUUAAAACUGCAGAGUUACUAGGGUUUCAUGCAGAACGUUUUGCUAUCGACUACCCGAGUGGAAACUUAUAUUACACCGCUAACCCUACUUCAGAGACAGGAUUUGUUGGAAUUGGUGUUAUUUCACCGAAAAGCCUCCACAAACAUCUUCUUACUAUUCAAUCAAAACCAAAAGAUAUUGUUCUCGAUUCCGAUGAAGGACUUAUGUUUUGGACAGACCAUGGAUAUGAUACACCCUAUGUAGCAAGAGCAAACAUGGAUGGUACAGACGCUAAGAAUAUUACCAACGAUCUUGUCUGGCCAAAUGGUCUGGCAGUUGAUACAAAGGAACAAGUUUUGUACAUAACCGACGGUAAAAAAGAUAUUGUAUACAAAUGCUCAUACGGUGGUGAUUGCACGAAACAUUUUACAGGCAGUGGGUCUCACCUCAUGGAUAUAACACUACUUGGUGAUUAUAUGUAUUACACCGCUUCGAAUAGACCCUAUAUUUCCAAAUUGUCCAAAACAAACCCUUCAAGUGUUAUUGAAAUUGGUUACAAUGAGGAAUUUGGGAGAUUGGAUUCGCUAGCAAUUUAUAGUUCAAUGCUAGACCCAUCACAAUCAGCAGCCUGCUUUGAGAAUAAUGGGCUUGGUCCAUGCAGUACAUUUUGUCUUCCUAAAAAAACCGGAUACACGUGUGCAUGCGAAGACAAAGUAGCACUAAAAAGUGAUGGCAAAACAUGUGAAAAUGCUCCUAUGACAGACAAUUUUCUCGUGGUUACUGAAUUGACACAUAAUACGAUAUAUCAGGUGUCCCUAGUUAACGAUGAGGUUAGAGCUAUUGACACAGACACUUUCGGGAGCCCAAUCGCUAUUGCGUAUAAUUAUAUUACAAGGGAGCUGAUGUGGAGUACCAAGGAAUUGAUUCAUCAACUAAGUCUUGAAAAUCAUAAUUAUAAGGUUUUCUUUAAAACAGCAGAGUUACUAGGUUGCCAAGCAGAUCGUUUUGCUAUCGACUAUCCGAGUGGAAACUUGUACUACACAGCUAACCCUACUUCAGAGUCAGGAUUUGUUGGAAUUGGUGUUAUUUUACCGAAAAGCCUUCACAAACGUCUCCUUACUACUGAAUCAAAACCAAAAGAUAUUGUUCUCGAUUCUGAUGAAGGACUGGUGUUUUGGGCGGACCAUGGGUAUGACACUCCCUAUGUAGCAAGAGCAAACAUGGAUGGUUCAGACGUUAAGCAAAUCAUUAACAACGGUCUUGUCCGGCCAAAUGGUCUAGCAAUUGAUACAAAAUCUAAUUUUUUGUACAUAACCGACGGUCAAACAAGCAUUAUAUACAAAUGCUCAUACCAUGGUGAUUGCAAGGAACAUUUUUCCGACAGUGAGUCUCAUCUUAUGGACAUAACAUUACUUGGUGAUUAUUUGUAUUACACUGCUUCGGAAAGACCAUAUAUUUCCAAAUUGUCCAAGACAAAUCCUUCAAGUGUUAUAAAGGUUGGUUACAAGGCGGAAUUAGGAAAAUUGAAUUCGCUAGCAAUAUAUAGUUCAAAGUUUGACCAAUCACUUGAAUUGACAAAAACAACUAAAACUACUUCUACAACUACUACACCUACUACUACAACUACUACAAAAACUACACCUAGUACUACUACUACAACUACGACUACAACUACUACACCUACUACUACAACUACUCCUACUACUACACCUACUACUACAACUACUUCUACUACUACUACUACACCUACUACUACAUCUACUUCUACUACUACUACUACACCUACUACUACAACUACUCCUACUACUUCUACUACUACACCUACUACUACAACUAUUCCUACUACUACAACUACACCUACUUCUACAACUACGACUACAACUACUACACCUACUACUACUCCUACUACUACAACUACACCUACUACUACUACACCUACUACUACUACUACUACUCCUCCUACUACUACAACAACUACUACUACUACUACUACUACUACUACUACUACUACACCUACUACUACAACUACUCCAACUACUCCUACUACUUCAACUACUCCUACUACUACAACUGCUUUCACUACAUCAUUAGUACCUUCAAUUAGUUAUCCCAAAACAACCUUAUCAUUAUCUGAGGUGCAAACGACUACGACAAAUUCAAAGGUGGCAACAGUGUUUGAAAAAGCCAGUCCGUCAACACCCAAACCGAAAACUACGCUACCGAUUGCAGCUAUUGUUGGGAGCACUGUCGGGUUUGCAGUCUUCAUCAUUGUCAUAAAUGUCCUUGUUUGCGUUAUCGUUAAAAACAGACGCAACAAAAAUGGAAACAAAGGCGAUGACCGUGUGACUUAUGCUUCUGACAUAGCCUAUAUGACACCGCCUGCUAAUAAACCAAGCAGAACCGAUUCAAGUUAUGAUGUUAUAAGCAACUUUGAUGAGCUGGGGAAUCAGAAAAAUCAAGAGAGUGAAUACAUGAGCUUAAGUAAGAAACAGAAUGAGUAUGAGCAAUUAAGCUUCAAGAGGAUUGACGUUCCAACAAGCCAGCUCAGUCCAUCUGCAGUUCCAAACGUCUAUGAAAGCAUUAAUGAGACUACAUUGAUUACAGGCGAACCGUAAGAGCCAUCUCAUGUAAAUCCAACUUUCUCUGUCGAUGAUGCCGACUUCAAUAACUCGGUUCAUUUAGAUGAAUGAUCUGUAUCACAAACAAAAAUUUUAGGUUUUCUUACAUAAAGUAAACUACAAUAAGCUAAGCAAUAAUAUACAUAUAUACUGGAAUCGUGUGUAAUUAGACCUUGUGCGAGUGACAAAUAUAUUUGAUUAUAGCCUGGUUUUGUAACAAGUUAUACAUAUAAAUUGAUACACCUCUACAAGUGAACACAUUGUGUAUUGUUAACACGCCACUUGCAUGCUUAUUAUACGGUGAAUGCACACACAAUAUAUUAAUCUUCGAUGGACUUUCGGUAAGUUUAAUGAGAUGUACGCAGUAAGGUGUAAUUAAACUUUAUACGUGUCUAUGAAAUACUUAAUAUAUGAGCGUAUAAAAUUAUAAUAGCGGUAUAUGUAAACUAAGGAAUGUCCUACGUGUUGUUAGUUCAAGACCGCGUGGGUCAAUGUUUAUUUCUUGCUUAUAUUUUCAACAUUAUUGAAGCUUUGAUUUUUUAUGCUGUUUUUUUUUGUUUAAUUAUGUUUUGCACUUAUUUAGGUAAAGUUCAUAUUUUAUAGAUAACGUGGUGUGAUAAUAAAUAUUAAAAACCAUUAGGAUAAAUGUCAAUAAAUGUCAUUUCAAGGCCAUAAAGUACAAUUUAAAACGAUUAAAAAGGGAAUUUCUAAGUUGCUUCAAAUGCGUGUAGACAAUUUUUCAAGCACUUUGCCAUUUCCAUUAGGAUAUACUGCAAAAAAGAGUAGAUCUAAAAACAAUGGCAACACUAGGAAUUGAAUCACAUACCUCUCAUAUAUAAGCUGUGCUAUUGCGGACAUGACGACGUCAAAAACAUUAGGCUAGUAUGACUUUUCAAAAUAUUUGUUUUACACUCGAAAACUCGACGUAGGAUCGAAUAUUUAAAUUAGUGAUAUAAUGUAUUCAUAAUUGACAGAUCAAUAAAAUCAGACUAUAGCUAUAUACACUGAAAUAUUACACACAUUUUUUACAGUACUCAAUCGGAUUAAAUUAUGUUAAAGCGAAUAGUAAAUAUGUACAAAAACUAAAUUUGAUAUACAUUUUUAGCGCAGUGUGAUCUGAUUUUAUUUGGACUAUGUGCCAAAACACAAGACUGACUUGUGUGGCUUUUGUAUGCACCACCUUCUCUUGUACAUAUUGUAUAUAAGGUAUAUUGGCUGGGUUAAGGUUAAUUAAUUACAUUGUUUUAUCAUUGUAAAUAUGUUACGUUACUAUACUGUUGUACCCAGCCAAUUAUAUAUGUCAAUUAUAUUGAAUCGUCAUUUAUAUAUGUAAAUAAAUGACAUAAGCACAAUACAAUUGUUGUUGUUGCUUCCCUUAAGGAUGCUUGUAUUUAAAUCAAUGUAAAAGAGAACAAGCUUCGAAAUGGCAUCCUUUUAGGAAUUUCAAUUGUUGUGUGUAUAAAGGCAGUUUUAAUAUAAAAGGUCUUUCAUUAAUGAUAACAGAGAGGGUAAAUGCAAUAUAAUUAGAAUUAUGUAUGAUACAUUAAGAUGUAUGAACGAAUUAUAUCAAAACACACAUUUUGGGUGGCUAUUGUUCUUUAACCAAUCUGUUCACAUGAUUUUUUAACCUUUAUUUAUUCUUGUAUUUGAAACUUUUAUUGAGAUUUAAAAAAAUAAUGUAAGAUCAAUGUUUUAAUCAAUAGAGGAUUUUUUCUCUAUGUAAUGAUAUUUGUGUUGCUUUCAAUUAUGUUAUAAGUGUAACAAUAAACAUCCUUAUCAAAGCAGUUAUAGAAAAUGAUAAGUUAGAAGGAGUGUUACCUUUAACGAUGGGGUCAUAUUUAACUAAACUGAUUUUCCGUUCUGUUUCUUAACCUAAAGGUACAUAAUGCCUUAUAAACAAAUAAAUGUAUCUUCUUUUGAAGGACAAACUUGUUACCCGAAGAAAGUAUCGAUUAAUGUAAAAUAACUUUUUAAAGUCAUAAAUGUAUCAGAAUGUUAACAAAAUAGUAUUUUGACUUCCAUACAAAAUUCUAAUUCACUAUAACUAUACUUGCCAAAAAGCAACAGAUGAAAAAAAAAGUUUAGGUAAUUGGCUAAUAUCUUCUUUUGAAAGACAAGCACGGAACUUGUCACCUAAAGAAAGUAUCGAUUAAUGUGCAAUACCUUUAUCAAGUCAUAAAUGUAUCAAAAUGUGAACAAAGUAGUAUUUUGACUUCCAUACAAAAUACUAUUUACUAUAACUAUACUUAUUGUCAAAAAGCAACAGAUGAAAAAGAUGGUUUAGGUAAUUGGCCAAUAAGUAACUUUUAUUGAUACAGUAAAAGUACAACAGUUAAAAGGUUUUUGAGAAAUAAACAUAAAAUCAUUUGUGAGGCAUAUUGGGCCUUUAAGAAAUUAAUGGUAAUUUUUUUUAAUCAUUUGAUUGAGCAUGAAAUUCAUUUUGAACAAUGUAAUGAACAUCAGUUAUGGUUUAAAUUAUAACUGAACUGACAUGUCAUUUGAACUGUUCGGAAUCAAAAGUGUUGUGUCUUUAUUUUAAUAUAAAGGGAUAUUCUUGGUAACAUAUUUUUCUGAUUUAAAUAUGUUCAAUCCAAGACAAUAUUCAAUUGUUUGAUAUGUAUAUAUGUUGAAUUUGCGCGUGUAUAUUGAUGGCCUUUAUGAACUUUAUGUAACAAGAUUGUUUGGGUAUUUAUAAUACUGUAAACGUGCGAUUGCUGUUUUACUGUAAUAAUAUAUAUAAUAUCUCCUUCUGGUUUACAGAUCAUUUUUAUAAAGAUACGCCCGUACAUAACUGCUACAUUCAGACUUUAAAACGAAAAGAAUAACUCAUAAGAGAUCGAUUGUUUAUUGUCUAGGACAUUCUAUUAAAAUAUGUAACUAUACACAAUGUUUAAGGACCGUAUUUUGCUGUUAUUCGGCUGCCAUAAAUUCAAUAUAGAACUGUAAAUAACUAAAUAACUUAACAUCUUAUUUAUUCCUCGAAAAUAACUCAAAUAUCCGUAUUACUUUAACGAUUUGACAAUAUCUGCUUGUUAUAUCAAUUUUCAAUGAACAGACCGGUUUAAUUAAACAAGGUCAGUGACCCAGUUGUUAUGGUGUUCGUCUCUCAACCUACGGAUCAUGGCUUUUUGUCAUGACCAUAUUGCCGUAAACAUGUUUUUAAUCCUGUAAAUCAAUUUUGGUUUUAUCUUAGGUUGAAACUGCUAUACUCAGUUGCUUUAAUACACUUGUUAAUCUAAUUUCAAAAUCUGAUUUAAUCCAAGAUAUUAUCAUUUUUUACAAACAUUUUGUAGUGUGGAGUAUAUUACCAAAUUAUUCACCCUCUUUUUCGUUUUCUUC